UUGGGCUGGACUCAACUCCCGGUAGCCUUAACCCGACCACCAUCACCGACGUGCAAGUGUCAGUGCCCAAGUCCAGACACGCAGAUAAUAAUGUUUGUACCGACAUUGCUGCGAGCGUUCUUCGUUCUGGCUUCUGCAACUAUCCUGUUCAUCCAAUCCAUCCCCCCAUUCCGCUCCCGUUUCCUGGUCUACGGAAAAGUCGCUACACCCACCACCACUACAAACGCCAAAGAUGCUAAACCCAUCACCCCUCGAGACCCCAAAGGUCCCGUAACAGCCCUCCUCGACCAUCUCGCCACAUACACCGUCCCGCACUCCUUUUUCACGCACUUUUACAUCCUAGCCCUAGCUACGCUGCUCCUCUUUGGCCAGCAAAUCUCCACCCAUGGCUCGCUCUACACCCUCUUGCGCGAUCUCCAAACCCCAGAAUGGGCCGCUGCUACCCGGCGCGUUAUCGGCGGGCAGUCGGUUCACCAGGUCGUGUUGACCUGGACUUGCCUAGUGUUGCAGACUGUGAGAAGGUUGUAUGAGUGUUUGUUUGUGCAGAAGUCUGUAGCGGAGGGAGGGCGGGAAAGUUGGAUGUGGGUUGUGCAUUAUGCGCUUGGAUUGGUGUUUUAUGUAAGUGUGGGUAUUGCGGGGUGGGUUGAGGGGACCGAUGCGAUCGAUGCUUUCAAGUUUACGCCCAUGAGUCUUUACUCCCUUGUUGGGCCUCCCAGUGCGAAGUCCUUCAUUGGUGUUAUAUUCUUUAUUUUUGGCUCCGGCUUUCAGCAUGAUUGUCAUGCCUACCUUGCCAGCCUCGAAAAGUAUACGCUUCCGGUGCACCCGGCUUUCCAGCGGUUAGUCUGUCCGCAUUAUUUUGCUGAGUGCCUUGUCUACCUUGGCCUUGCAAUAAUGAGCGCACCGAGGGGUGGCGGGCCGUUUAAUGUUACGAUGUUGACUGCGUUGAUCUUCGUCGGGGUUAAUCUCGGGGUUACGAGUAUGUUGAAUAGGGAAUGGUAUAUUGAGAAGUUUGGAGAGAAGAGUAUGGAAGAGAUGGAACAUGAUACCCUUACUCUUCUAAUUAGAUCUACUGGGUAUUUCGUCUUCUAA